CAGAAAGAAAGCCCGUCCGAGAUGAAGCAGCUGAUCUCGACUAGUCCUCUUUGGAUUCUAAAUCUGAUAAGAUAGCAUACGAUAAGAUCGGUAGCUGAUUCGCGGCGCGACUGACUCUCAAACCACACUAACGUAACUACCUACUUCAUACAAUCAUAGGGCACCUCGACGAAGCCUUACAGCAACGUCCGGACAUCUAUCAGAGAACUCUAUAACAUCUAUUUGCUCUGAAACUCAUCAUGGGGAGCGUUGAUGAUGGACCCUAUAUGGCGACAAACUACUUUCAAACGACGUGAUCACCGAAUUAUCCUUCAUUUUGAUUAUGAUUGCUUCUACGCAUCAGUUUUUGAAGCUGAAAAUCCGUUUCUCAAGUCCCGUCCCUUAGCUGUUCAACAGAAACAAAUAGUCGUUACUUGUAACUAUGAGGCUCGGCGAAGAGGACUCCACAAGCUUCAGCUGAUUCGUGAAGCAAGAAAGGUUUGCCCGGAUGUAGUCAUCGUUCUCGGCGAAGAUCUUACCCGCUUCCGGGAUGCCUCAAAAGCGCUUUACAACUUCCUACGGACAUUCUCCUGGAAUGACAAAGUUGAGAGGCUUGGAUUUGACGAGGUAUAUAUGGACGUGACCGACAUGAUUGAAUACAACAUUGAGCUCCUAAAUACCAACAAUUUAGAAAAUUCCUUUUUUGGCCUUUCUCGCAGCGACCCUUGUAAAGGAUUUUCCUUUGAUGCUUCUUCCACGCCGCCCAAUAUAUUUCCUGCUCAAUCCUCGUUUGCCAUUCUCUGCAUACCAAAUUCGAAUGAAAACAAGUCUUCCGAAUCACAUGCCCUUCAGUUACGAUUAUUGCUGGGCGCUCAUCUCGGGCAUUAUCUUCGUCAUCAGUUGGAGGAACAAAAAGGAUACACUGCGACGGUGGGCAUCUCAACCUCGAAACUCCUUUCUAAGCUUGUGGGAUCCAUAAACAAACCAAAUGCGCAGACCACACUGGUCCCUCCCUACCUGUCGGGUUCCGACAUGAGAAAAGGUAAUGUUGCACAGUUGUUGGACCCCCUUGAAAUUGGUAAAGUACCUGGUAUUGGUUUCAAGCUCGCCCUCAAAAUACGCAAUCAUGUACUCGGGAGACCAGCAAAGUUCGGAACCGGGUUAGUUUAUGGUGCUACACAAGAUCAUGUAUCUGUGGGAAAUGUACGGGCGUGUCCCGGCAUGAACUCGCAGACUUUGGAUACAAUUUUACGUGGGCAAAGCUUACCACAAGGCAUUGGUGCGAAAAUAUGGAAUCUUCUCCACGGCAUCGACGACACGGAAGUUUCGAUGGCGCGAAGUAUUCCAAAGCAGAUCAGCAUCGAAGAUACCUACCUCCAUCUGGACACAUUGGACAAGGUCCGGAAGGAGUUGUGUAAGUUAAGCCAGAGUCUGCUCAAACGGAUGCAUCUCGACCUAUUAGAAGAAGCAGAACACAGCGGUCCGCCUGAAGAUAAUUGUCAAGCACGUGUUCGAGGCAAGUGGCUAGCUCAUCCGCGGACUUUGCGACUUAGCACUCGAGUUCGGCCCUCAAUCCAAGCUGACGGCAGCCGGGAACGAUUAUUCAAUCGAAAAUCACGGUCUGGGCCAUUGCCAAACUUUAUUUUCGAUGUCAAUGAAGAGUUCAGUGUCCUGAGUGAGAAAUUAGCCGAAGAAGCCAUUCUACCUCUCUUUAGAAGGCUCCAUUCUGGAUCUGCUUGUUGGGAUCUAAGUCUGAUCAACGUCGCAGUCACAAAUAUGGUUGAAACGGCACAUGCAUCGGGUGGUCAAGGCAGGGAUAUCCACUCCAUGUUCUACAGACAAGACGGGGAAGCUCGGCAACAGGAAGCUGAUGGGAUUGGUGAUUCCACCAAAACGAUCAAUGCGGACGACGUGGUCGUACCAUGGCAACAAGUUCGUAUUGAUGGCCAUGAAGAACCGAUCAACUCAGAGCGCCAGGGAAGUGAAGCAGUUGCGGCCGGAAAUGGUACAGAAGAUGCUUUAGCUUUCAAGCCCUCACAGGACAGUGUCGUUAGCACAGCAAGCCCUAUCUAUGACCGAGACGAGAAUUUUGAAGAUGAGUAUAUGGUUUAUCCAUCCAAUCAACUUUGUCACAUUUGCGAUGCAUUUAUGCCGGCAUUUGCCAUGGCCGCUCACGAGCGAUUUCACAAUCUAGGGGACUAACGAGAACGAGGAUACUUGAGACACUAAAUCGUUUUCGGAUAUAAACAGAAAAAUUUUAUUCUGAAAUUGUACAUAAGACAGAUAUUUAGGUCUCGCGGAAUAAGAAAUCUGCUCCCGA